GGUACAGUUUCUAUGAUGAUCGCCAACAAGGAGAUACAAAUCAUGAAAUUGCAAAUAUUGGUUUUAGUUUUAUGGUUGUGCAUCUCUUAUGGUUCGUGUGAAGACAGCCAUUUAAAGAAGGAUGACAAUCAUUCUAGAGAAUCAAAAACCGAUAAACGUAGCUUCGGGCACGUUGGGGUUGGCACAUGGGGUGCUUCCGGCGUCGGUGCGUAUGGCGUACCCACCGUGCCCGUCGGUGGUUCCAUCGGGUACGACCGACCCGUUCCGUAUCCGGUGCCCUAUGAUCGAACCGUUCCGUAUCCGGUGGCCUAUGAUCGACCGGUACCAUAUCCGGUGGCAUACGACCGGCCCUUGCCUUAUCCGGUGCAUGUAGAUCGGCCGUUGCCCUAUCCAGUCACGGUCGAUCGACCGCUGCCGUAUCCCGUUCAGGUAGAAAAACCACUGCCCUACCCGGUUCACGUAGACCGGCCGGUGCCGUACCCGGUACAGGUGGAGAAGCCCAUGCCGUACCCGGUGCAUGUGGAUAGACCGUAUCCGGUGCAAGUGGACAGGCCCAUGCCGUACCCGGUGCACGUACCGUACAAAGUGUCCGUGCCGGUGGAUCGGCCAUACCCGGUGCACGUGCCUAUUCCGAAGCCGUAUCCCGUGGAUCGACCGGUACCGUACGCGGUGCAGGUGCCCGUGCACGUACCUGUUGUGCAGCGCGUGCCCUACGAGGUGUCCAGGCCCUACCCGGUAGUGAUCAGCAAACCCGUGAUGGUGCCGCAACCGGUGCCAGUGCCGCAACCCGUGCUGUGGGAAAGACCGUCGCCUUACCCAGUAUACAUGAGCACGCCGAUGCCGGUACAGCAGAAUAUCAUGUGGGGUUCAAGGCCAAAUUUCAUAGGAACGCCGGUCUUCAACAACGGGUACGGUGCGCCGUCUGGUUACGGCAUAGGCGUUAACCACGCGCUCAACGCACUCGGUGUGGGCAGAAGUGGCCAAAGUGGUGUGGCUCAGCUGAGUUUGAACACCGCAAAUGGCGGUCUGUUUGGAAGCGCGUUUAACCUAAUGCAAGGGUUGAUGGGUCAGGGCGGCAGCAUUACCAGUUACGCUUCAGGACACAACAACUACCUGGGACCUACGGCUACAGGAUUCACGAAUGGAAAUGCCCCGGCCAAUCUGGAUCACACAAGUCUGACGGGCUCGUGCCGGGAACUCGCAUUCGUACGCAGCUGCUCAAGACGUGCAUUCGCAAGUACAACCAUGCAAGUCUGGAUCUCAUUAGUGUUGGCGGUGUGCGCUAGCUUGGCUUUGGCGAGUGCCGAAGCAGACAAGGCGGCAGACAAGCCGGCAGACAAGCCGGCGGAAAAGAAGCAGGGCAAGCGAGGCUUAUGGGGCUUAGGCUACGGAUAUGGCGGUGACAGCGAUUGGGACGGUCUGUCCAGUUACGGUCUGCUCGGACCGGAACACAGCUACGGACACGUCAAGUCUGUGCACAUAACCAAGGAAGUGCCCGUUUUGGUGGACAGGCCCAUCGUAGUGCCGGUCGAGAAACACGUACCGUACCCGGUGACCGUGGAGAAGCCGGUGCCAUACCCCGUGCACAUCGAGAAGCACGUGCCCGUGCCCGUCGACAGGCCCGUCCCUUACCCGGUCAAAGUGCCGGUCAAGGUGCCGGUCGCCCACCCAGUGCCGUACCCCGUGUACGUCCACAAGCACAUCCCGGUCUACGUCAAGGAUCACCACGACCACAGUUACGGCCACAGUACAUACGAUUUCGGACACGAUAACGGAUUCGGCUACAGCAGCAGUUACUCGUUCCAUCAUUAACAGCUGAACGCUCGAACACCGUAUGACCUACUGUUUUAGUAACAUAAGACAGUAUUUGUAACUAUAAUGAUUUUAUACUGCUUUGAAACAAUUUUUUGUAAUAUUUUAUGAUACUGAGCGACUGUAUUACAAUAGUGUGUACGGGUGGCCACGGCGUAUUUGUGUACAUUUUAAAUAAAACGUCGGUCAAGAAAUUACUAUUUUGUUCUUGAAUAAAAACAGAACUGUACACAUCCA